UCUAUAAUAUGGGACAGUUCCAGUCUGCUGAGAAACAGGCCGUGGAGUUAUCGAAUGCUGCUAGAGAUGGUGAUGUUAGCAAAGUGAAGUCCCUGCUGGCACGUGGGGCCAACCCUAACCACCCCGAGUACCAUCUAUUACACAUUGUUUGUUGGAAUGGUAACCUGGAGACAGUGAAGGCAUUUGUUGAGGCUGGAGCAGACACUGGGAGAUGGAAUGCUCGGGGCAGGUCUCCAUUUCAUUGUGCAGCCUGGGGGGGUCGUAAGGAGGUGUUGGUUUACUUGAUCAGGGAUUGCAAGUGCAGUGCUGAUACCAGGGACCAGAAUAACAAUACUCCACUCCACUAUGCAUGCUCUGGUGGUCACCCAGGUGUGGUGCAGUACUUAGUGGAGGAGGCCCACUGUGACAUCAGUGAGUACCACAAUUUUAUCUGUCUCCGUAUCAUGUAUACCAAUGCAUGUGUUAACAUAAUUAUACAAAUGUGGUAA